AUGUCGUCGUCCCUUGACCCAACAGGGCCUUCGCAGCCAACUGAGCAAGCGGGGCUCAACCAAGCUCAGAACCCAGCAUCAAAGACUUCCGCCGAAGAAUCCACCUCCCAUGACCCUGCGAACAAGUCGGACAAAAUCAUCGACCGUCGCACCUCACAUGACGUACCGUCCCAACACGGCGAGGCGGCGCACCCAGGUGCUAGGGGAUCAGGGGAGCGUGGCCCUCUGACAGAAAAACUGAUACCAGAAUCGGACGCUCAGAACUACUCAGAGGGCGAUAGCAACCUGGAUGGCGAGCAAAUGCGGAUGCCUGGCGAAGGUGACGUCGCCGAAGCAGUGCGCUCAGGCGGCGGGGGAGGACAUGGAGAGGAACAAAGCCUGACGGAGGAUGUUGGGAAGAAACAGGCUGAACACGAGCGGGAGCUGCACAAGCGAGGAGAGCGGACAGGCAGAGAGAUCGAGGAAGAAGAGAAAGAGGAUUGGACGGGCAGGAAGGCAGACAUCGCGACUGCUCUAGGGGACGGGAGGGACAGAUCUCCUAAGGUUGUGCUCGCUCCGGAGGAAUAA